AUGGGUAGGCUUUGCGCAUGCGCACAUAUACGCUACGUCAGCCGUUUAAGUUAGCGAGUGUGUAAAAUCUACGUGGCUUUAUUCUGAAAUCCCUGAAGUGUUGUUCAGCGUCAGCAUCCACAUUUACUAACCCAGCCCGAAGACAACAUGGAUCAGGUCAUGCAGUUUGUUGAGCCUGGACGUCAGUUCGUGAAGGACUCCAUCAGGCUUGUAAAACGAUGCACAAAACCAGACAGAAAAGAAUUUCAGAAGAUUGCAAUGGCCACAGCGAUUGGCUUCGCAAUCAUGGGCUUUAUCGGAUUCUUUGUCAAACUCAUCCACAUCCCCAUCAACAACAUCAUUGUUGGUGGUUGAAUCAACAUCAUCUUAAAUCUCUUUGGACACCGGAAGCAUGGAGCAGCGCUGGAUGACGGACUGGUUGUGAAUUUGCCUUGUACUUUUUUUUUUUUUUUUUUUAGAUUUUAAUAAAUCAAAGGGAAUCAAAAGUCAA